CAUCUCAGUCUCCUGCCUCGUGGUAGCACUCUGCGGCCUAUUGAACAUCUGAAAAAAGUAAAGUGUGAUUCAGUUUUACGUAAUCGCAGUCAAUGUGGUAAUAAACGCCGCUGCUCUUGCAAAAUAUUAGAUUUCAACUUCAAAAAUUCGAACUGGACUUCACUUUCUAAAAAAAACAUCAAGUUAAGUAAUUGCACUAAGAAACGAUCAUCUUUUUUCCAAAAAAAGAAUCUUCUAUUGAAAAAAUAAGGAAAACGUAUUGAUUUCCAAAAACAAAAAUAUAAAUUCUUAGGAUUGUAUUUUUAAAUAAAUAAAAAGAAAACAAAAAAAAAGAAGAAAAAAAAAGACAAGAAGCAAGAAAAAUUACAAAAUGGGUAUUCAAGACUUGCAACUAUUUUUGGAUGGUAAUAGCGUGCCAGGAGCAGCUGUACCAGUAGAUUUAUUAAAAAUUGGUAGGAAUAUCACUCAAAGGCAACGAACCCGAGUUGGCAAAGGACAACCACAGCCAAUUGCUACGCCUAAAUUAAAAUUGGUUGUCGAUGGUGAAUGUUGUCUCGAUAGACUUUAUGGAGGAUAUUUCUCAGAUUGGGCUUGCGGCGGUCAAUGGAAUCGAAUGUAUCAAUUUAUUCUCGUUUUAUUGCAAGCUACGGAAAUGCAAGGAGUCGAAUUAGCUGUAUUCUUCAAUGGAUCACUCGAGCCAUCCCGUCGUCAAGAAUGGAUUCAAAAUCAAUUAAAAGUCAGAUUGAAAGUGAAUAAUGUUUUAAAGCACAUCACAACCAAAGGUACCCCACCACCAAAAGUUUGGUGGACACCUCCUGUCUGUUUGCGUACAAGUUUACGCAUGGCUUUCCGUCAUCAUAACGUCACUGUGUUAUCCAGUAUGGAUGAUCAUCAUCAGGAAGUAAUUGCCUAUUGUCGUGAAUAUAACUUUAGUGGUCUCGUUGCUAAUGACGCUGAAUACGCAACAUUCGAUCCUCCAAGAUAUUUUUCCUCGGAACAAUUGAAAUUGACCUACAAGGGAUCAUUGGAAACAAAGGAAUAUAUAAUUUCUGAAGUCACGAAAGCAUUGAAUAUACCGGCCGAUCGAUUAUGUAUUCUUGCAUCUUUACUUGGUAAUUUUAUUUUACCAGAACACGAAUUAGCAGAAUUCUACAAAAAAUUGAAUAUUACGAUAAAUUUGAAUAAGACAAAUACCGAACAAACAAUUAAAUUAAUAGCAAAUUUCGUCAAAGAAUUGCCAUCGACUGAACUCGAUGUUGUGGCGCAAAAAAUUUUUGGAUCACUCAAUGAUCCAAGAAGCUCAAAAUGGAAGCAAUCUGUUCAAUAUUACAUCAAUGGUACCAAAGAGGGAUUCUUGAAGUACAAAACAACCAAGCCAACUAAAGGAUUUAAAUUCGAUUCGAAACAAGAUUCUCAUUUAAAUUCUUCCGACGCUGCUGGAUGUUCAGAGGACGAUGCAAAUUUAGAGAUGACGGGAUUCGCGUCUGAAACUGCGGAGAGUCAGAGAGAGACGUUGAAGGCCUACGAAGAGGCUACCGCGAGUGCUAAAGCUGCCAAUCCGGAAAUUGUGAUCGAACCACCUGGAAUCCAAGGACACGGAGACGCCGAUACCGUACGAGUUGAAGAAGAACAAAUACCGGCUGCAAUGGGAAAUGGACACGCUGCUGUCAAUGGAACUCACAAUUUAUUGAUAAGUACAUCGAGUUCAAGUAGCAAUUCAUCGGCAACAUCGCCAUUGCAUGAGAAAAAUGCAAAUUUACCGAGUACAGUGCCAGAGGUGAUGCGUACAGCUUCAGAACGUCAUCAAAAGGGUUUAAUGUCACCUUAUAUUUAUCAAAUUCUCACAGCCGGUGAAAUUAAAUUACCAGUACUAUUGGAGGAUGAAAAUAAUCGUGAAUUUCCAUCGAUUCAUUUAAUUUAUCGACCGGUACGCCAAAUGGUUUACGCCAUUCUGUUUAAUGUUCAUCAUCGUAUUUAUUUGGCGAACAAGAGCAAGGAGAAGGGAGAUACUGACAAAGUUGAAUUAUCAGACGUGACUAUAAAGGAAUGGAUUUGGUCGAAAACGAAUACUUACCAAUAUCCAGAGUUGGUAAAAGCUGAGCAAAUUGGUUGGGGCGUUCCAACAAUUCAGCGUUUGUGGUUUGGAACUGUGAUUGAUGACAAACGUCGACGACUUCGAGCUUUUGUAACGUGCAUGAUGUCAGAUACUCCGCUUAUGCUAAAUACUUCAUAUGUUCCUCAGCAAUUAUUAGUUAUGGCCUGCGUGUUAAGGUACAUUAUGACUUUCUCUGAUAAAACGAAAAUUCUGAGACGUCAGGAAUUGGAUGCGUUCAUUGUGCAAGCCUUCUCGCCAGAAUUAAUGAAUGCUCAGUAUCUACAAGACUUACAGUUACCGCUUGUGACUGCCCGUGGUGUUCAACUCGCGACACUCUUUAUGGCUGGCGUUGAAACUGCCCUCUUAGCAAAUGACGCGUGCGGUGCACCAAUUCCAUGGCUAAUGUGCUGCCCAUGGCUUUAUUUUGAUGGGAAAUUAUUUCAUCAUACACUCGCGCGUGCAAUGGUUGCUAAAAAUCUUCUAGAACUUUGCGGCGGACAUAUCGAGCGCGUUGUUAAAGUGGAGAGAAUGAGAAAGGCUAUUCUCGAAGGUGUUAAUGUUGUUUUCGCUAAACCACCACUGCCUCCUAUUAAUCCAGGUCUUCGAGUAUCGGUAACACAAAAUAUAAUGCCAGCUGGAUGCACAAUCAACGAUCCAAUAAUCCGCGGACGUGGAGCCAGUGUAACGCCACAACGUGGAUUAAUGAGACGUCCACCAGUGCCAUCGAGAGGUGGACAAUUGGAAAUUGCCGGCGUUGUUGUUGGCCAAUGGGGAGCAAAUUAUGGACAACCAGGUCGUUUACCACAACCAUUACAGGGACCGCCGCGUGGUCGACUUCCGCCUCAGGUGACUUCCGUUGGCGGUGUGAAACUUGGAUUCCCACGAGGAUUCAAUCACGUUGGACGUCCAGCAUUUCAAUCAAGGGGCAACAAUAAUCGCGUUCAAGUCACUGGAAGAGGGAAAAAAACACCAAUGAAGGCGACAUCAAAAAAGAAGGCAGUUAUUAAGAAAAAUAAAUCUGAUUUUGAGAGAAAAUUACCUACGAGUCGAGGAUUAACUGUGGAAGGUUUAAAUAACGAUUACGUUAGUGAGUCACUGGCAAAUUUGUGUUUAUCGAAAGAAGUUCUCUCAGUGCCCGGACAAUUUGACGAUGCUAUUGAAAAUGGUCGUGUCGAAAAAGGCCAGGGAGAUGCCACACUCGCAAAUUCAUUGAAAGCCGAAAAUUAACAGGUUUUUUUUUUGCUUUUUAAAGAUUAAAAAAAAUCCUUUAUUAAAAAAUAAUGAACUUUGACAAAAAGAAACAAAAAUACCGGAUAUGACUCAAGACUGUAACCAAUCUAAUUAUUAUUAUGUGUCAAUUGAGAAGUUUUCCAUCACAAAUAUUUGUUUAGUUUCUACCCAAUUUAUAGGAUUAUUGUUUCUAUUUUUAUUUUUUAAUUUGAAUUUUACUCGAGAAUUAAAGAACUAAUUCGAAAUUUAUUUACUUCUAGAAUUGAUUUCAGAAUUAAUUGAAAAACUGAUUUAAAAAUUAAUUAAAAUCAGAAAUUUGAGAAUUAAUCGAAGAGCUAAUUCGAAAAUUAAUUAAAUUAAAAAAUUCGAGAAUUAAAGAACUAAUUUGAAGAUUAAUUAAAUUUUGAUUUGAUAAUUAUCUUGAGAGGAGAAAAUAAAUAUUUGUGAUGAAUUUCAAUUGACAUGUUGAGCUAUUGGUGGGGCCAAAAAUUAACUAAAAAAAAACUAGUUAAAGACAACUCCAAAGCGCUAACAAAAAAAAAUAAGGGUAUCGACAAUAUCCACUUAAAAAAAAAAAUUCUUGUCUCACACAAUGCGAUGUCCUCACUGCCAAAUAAAAAAAAAACCACACACUGUAGAUUAAAUCGUGCUUCUGCUGAAAAGCAAAAAAAAAGGGAGAAAAAAAAUAAGAAUUUUUUUAAAUGUCGCUUGUGCCACCGUGGAAUGUAAUUAAAAUCGACUGAUUAGUGUAUGCAUGCGCGCUAAUUUUUAUUAAAAAAAACGAGAACAAGUCGUGGUCAACUGCUACAAGUAUUUACUUCUUAAGGAGCGUGAUUAUUUUUUUUACACAAUGAAAAAUAUAUAUUUUUCGGUAUUAUAUGAAAUGCUCGCUUUUGUUCUCUUGGGUCAUCUAAUUUUCCCAAAGAAAAAAAGAAAAAUGGAGAUAGAAAAAAAGGAGGAGAGAAGUAAAAAAUUCUAAAUGUAGAAUUAACAAAAAAAUCGAGUCAGAAUUAUUCUGACUUUUGUAGAUAAAAAUUGGGAAUAAAAACCAAGAAAACGGAGCGAAAUCGAGACUGAUGCUUUUCAUAUAAGUAAAAUAUAUAUUUAUAUAUGAUUUAGGUUUAGAGUUCCCGUAGAAUUAAUACAAUACGUAAGUUGUGCGUGCAUACCCCCCCAGAAAAAAAGGAAAAAAAAAGUAAAACUUUUGACUGCGAGAAUGCGCAAAACUAUAUAAAUGGAAAGAAUUGUGAAUACGUUAUUUAAGAAUGAGGGAAUUUACUAUAUUGGUGUACAUAAACGAGUUGUGAUUAUAGUUUUAUACACUGUGCGUAUACGUGUUCUUCUUCUUCUUCGAAAAGAAGAAGACGACGAUUGGAAAAAAUGGAAAAGAAAAGAAAAGAAAAGUCUUUUCUUUUCCAUAAAAGAAACGAAUUUUCCUUUCCUUUUCAUAAAAAUGAAAGGAAGGGAAAAUAAAUGAAAGGAAAGAAAGGAAAAGAAAAAGAAAAAGAAAAAAGGAAAACAAAGAAAAGAAAGGGAAAAUAAAGAACGCGUAUACGCCUUUGCGCGAAUAGAAACAUAUAUUUAUUUGCUGGUGCGUCUGAAAUCCACCCGAGUGACUGUGAUUCGAUGCAUGCAGGCAGACUUUGCAUUUAUUUUUUUUUUACCCCAAAAAAAUCGAUUAAUAUUAGAAAACGAUUUUUCCAAUUUUGAAUUUCGCGAAAGAAAUUUAAAUUCUGUUAAUUAUUAAUUUUUUUUAACUAAAAAACAACAUUGAAAAUAUUUGACAUGAAAUUUCAUUUCUGGAAAAAUUCGUUUUCCAAUUACGAAAAAAAAAAUAAUAUUUUUGUUUUAUCAAUAAAUUUCCUUUUUAUUUCAAAAAGAGAUUUGGCGAAAAAUUGAAACAAUUUUUAUCGUUCUGGAUUUGUAUCAAAAGAGAAAAAAACUGAAUUCGUCAAAAAAAAAAAAUCAAUUUAUGAAUUCAAAGUUUGUCUGUACAUAAAAAUGAUUAUUUAAAUGAAUUUCUAAAUUGAAAAAAAACUUGGGGGGUUUUUUUUUAGGGGCGGGUUUAAGGGGAAAUGGAUGAAUAAAUAUAAGAAUAAUAAAAAAAUCGAUUUGCGAAAUUGUGAUAAGUUGCUCUCUGAGCGGCCUUAUUUUGUAGCAUAUUUACACGAAGUCUGUUUUUUGCUUAAUUGUACAUAUGAGAGAGCAGUUGCGAAAGAGAGAGAAAGAGAGAAAAAAAAACGGUGUGAUUGUUGUAUAUAUACAUAUAUAUUUAUAUAUAUAUACAAAAGAAACAACCCUGUGAGCUGUUAUUGCACUUGAGAUUAGAAAGCAAGUUGUGUUAAAAAAUGAUUUUAAAAAAAAGGACCUAGAAAAUGCGAUUACUCUCAAAUUUUCCCCCAACGGCGAAAAAAAGUGGGAGCAAAUCGCAAAUUUAUUAUAAAAUGAUGAAAAACUUCUUUUUUUCAAUGAAAAAAUAAAACAUUAUUUUACAAAAAAAGUUUUUCGCAAAACACACAAAUGUUUAAACACAAAUAAGAAAAAUAACUAAAAAAAACAAGACAGCACGACAAAAAAAUGAAAAAAAUUUGUCGAUUCAAAUCGAAGACAAGAAAAAUGUGUGGCUACGUGCAGAUUUUACAAAAAAAAAAAAAAUAAAGA